ACCCCCGAACCCUCGAACCACGCAACUGCCCCCAUUCCCCCCAAACACGCUCACCGCUCCCACGGCGACCGCGACCGGGAGGCGCCGGGAUCGAGGGGGCAGCCGCAGCCGCCCGUGCUUGACCGCCGAGCGCGACAGCGCCAGAGCUGCGAGCCGGAGACGCCGGAAUCGGCGACGAGUGCGGGGGGCGGCAGUGAGAUCGACGGCAGGCUCGGCUCGGCUCCGAGGUCUGCGGCGACGACCUCGCUGUCUGGAGUCAGUGGCCGGCGGCGGGAAAAGCUUAGGUACCGAGAAAGCUUCAUGGUUAACUCUGGACGUUGAAGGGAUUCCAGAAGUAAAGCACACUAUUAUGGCCACUGGGUGUUUCUGCGCUACUGCUGUUCCAAUUCUUCUCUGCUUUAUGCUUUGUCAGCCAUGCUAUAGCACACUAAGCGACAUUCAAUGUCUGAAGAGGGUGAAGGCAUCUGUUGAUCCAACGAACAAGCUGCGCUGGACAUUUGGCAACAACACAGAGGGAACCAUAUGCAAUUUUAAUGGUGUGGAGUGCUGGCAUCCUAAUGAAAAUAGGAUUUUUUCUCUCCGACUUGGCAGCAUGGAUCUUAAGGGCCAAUUCCCAGAUGGACUUGAGAAUUGUAGUAGCAUGACUUCGCUGGAUCUAUCAAGCAACAGCCUUUCUGGGCCAAUCCCAGCUGACAUCUCAAAACGGCUUACAUACAUUACAAACCUUGAUCUAUCAUAUAAUAGCUUCUCAGGGGAGAUUCCAGAAUCGCUAGCUAACUGCACUUAUCUCAACAGUGUCAAUUUGCAAAAUAACAAGCUGACUGGAACAAUCCCACCGCAGCUUGGUGGUCUUUCUCGCCUAACCCAGUUUAAUGUUGCUGGCAAUAAAUUAUCAGGCCAGAUCCCUUCAUCUCUGAGCAAAUUUGCAGCUUCCAGUUUCGCAAAUCAAGACCUCUGUGGGAAACCUCUUAGCGAUGAUUGCACUGCCACUUCAAGCAGUCGUACAGGGGUGAUUGCUGGUUCAGCUGUUGCUGGUGCAGUUAUCACUUUAAUAAUUGUCGGUGUCAUUUUAUUUAUUUUCUUGCGGAAAAUGCCUGCUAAGAGGAAGGAAAAGGAUAUUGAAGAAAAUAAGUGGGCAAAGACUAUUAAGGGAUCAAAAGGAGUGAAGGUAUCUAUGUUUGAGAAAUCAGUCUCAAAGAUGAAGUUGAAUGAUCUCAUGAAAGCAACAGGUGAUUUUACCAAGGAAAACAUUAUUGGAACUGGUCAUUCUGGAACGAUAUACAAAGCAACACUUCCUGACGGUUCAUUUCUUGCUAUCAAGAGGUUGCAAGACACUCAGCAUUCUGAGAGCCAAUUCACAUCUGAGAUGUCAACAUUGGGAAGCGCAAGACAACGUAACUUAGUUCCUCUGUUAGGUUACUGCAUUGCUAAGAAGGAGAGGCUCUUAGUAUACAAGUACAUGCCCAAGGGUUCUCUGUAUGAUCAGUUACACCAACAAAGCAGUGAGAGAAAGUAUCUGGAAUGGACAUUGAGGCUAAAAAUUGCCAUCGGGACCGGUAGAGGGUUGGCGUGGCUUCAUCACAGUUGCAAUCCCCGCAUUCUUCAUCGGAACAUUAGUUCUAAGUGCAUACUACUUGAUGAUGACUACGAGCCUAAGAUUUCUGACUUUGGGUUGGCAAGGCUUAUGAAUCCCAUCGACACCCACCUGAGUACAUUCGUCAAUGGUGAGUUUGGUGACUUGGGCUAUGUAGCUCCUGAGUAUACACGCACCCUGGUUGCCACUCCAAAAGGGGAUGUUUAUAGUUUUGGUGUUGUCUUGCUUGAACUAGUCACCGGUGAAGAACCCACACAUGUAUCAAAUGCCCCAGAAAACUUCAAAGGGAGUUUGGUGGAUUGGAUAACAUACCUAUCAAACAACUCUAUACUUCAAGAUGCGAUUGAUAAGUCCUUGAUUGGAAAGGACUACGAUGCAGAGCUACUUCAAGUUAUGAAAGUCGCCUGUUCUUGCGUGCUUUCUGCUCCAAAGGAAAGACCUACAAUGUUUGAAGUCUACCAGCUUCUGAGAGCUGUUGGAGAGAAAUACCAUUUUAGUGCCGCUGAUGAUGAAUUGACAAUGCGACCAAAUGGUGCUGACGCAGAAAGGCUAGAUGAGCUUAUCGUAGCAAAGUAGACAUGUUGUAUGACGAAUGGAUGAGUGGGAGUUUAUUGUAUUUGGUUAAUAAUCAGGUUGAUAAGAUGAUGGUGUUUUGGCAUCCUACCUUAGGAAUCGUCACAGGUAAGCUAGAUAUGAUUGGUUGUACGAUCUGUAUGAAUUUGUGGGUGUUUAUGUUCUGUACAUCCUCAACUUGUUGUGUAUCUUUAGGGUUAUGUACUGGUGUUGUGUGGCAAUGGAUCAACUGUGUCAAGACCAAACUUCUAGCUGUAGAAGUUCAUAAUUUGUUGAUGUUA